GGGGAGGAGCUGGAGACCGGAGCGCAGUGGCUCUGGCGGUCCUGGUGGUGGGAGCUACAAAAGCUCUGCUCCACGGAAGAUCUUGCGGGUAUCCAGACUGUGGUUUCAGGCCACCCGAGAGCAAGCAAGAAAGGAUUUCCAGCCAGAGAAAGACGACAUCUGAAGUCCCAAUGCACAGAUCAGCCGCCAGUCAAACCACCAAGAGAAGCCGAUCACCAUUUCCCACCAGUCGCCGUAGUUGGGAUGACAGUGAGAGCUCGGGAAGCAGUCUGAAUGUUGACAAUGAGGACUAUUCCAGGUAUCUGCCAAGAGAGUACAGGGCUCCAGGUAACAGAAGAGGAAUGGCUUAUGGACAUGUUGACUCCUAUGGGACUGAUGAUAGUGAUGAGGAGGGGGCUGAGCUUGUGGAACGAGGCCCUGGGAGAGGGGAAACUGACAAGUUUAAAGAUGAUAAGCUGUAUGACCCAGAGAAAGGGGCAAGACCUUUGGCUGGGAUGCCACCACAGUCCUCUAGUUUUAACUGUGAUGUGAGAGAGAAGGUUGACAAGCUAGACCCAGCCUCUGCAGUGAGAUGCUCUGCUAAGAGAGCUGAAUUUAUGCAGCAAAAUGGCAUGUCUUCUGCUGAAGACAAGGUGUCUACAAAUGGUAACAGCUCAGAGCAGGAGAGACAGGAGAAGAACUUACCUGAGUAUUCUAGCAGGGCUCCUGUGAGUAUUUGUGGUGGUGGGGAAAACACCCUACUGAGUUCAGAGGAACUGGUAGUGAGGCCCAAAAUCAGAAAUCUUGCAAGUCCGAAUUGUGUGAAACCCAAAAUAUUUUUUGAUACUGAUGAUGAUGAUGAUGAUAUGCCACAUAGUAUUUCCAGAUGGAGAGAUACUGCCAACACUAAUGAAAGUUAUCCAGAUGGCCUAGCAAGAAGAGGCAGAGGCAAAAGUUCAAAUGGCUACUCUGAGCUGAAGUGCUCUGAAACAAAGAAGGAAGCAAGGAAUGACCAAGUGAAAAUUGAAAAGAUGCCGAGACGACGUAGAACCAUGUUUGAUGCUGACUUCUGGACCUACAGUGAUGAUUACUACAGAUACUGUGAUGAAGACUCUGACAGUGACAAAGAGUGGACUGCUGCUCUGCGUCGUAAGUAUCGCGGUCAAGAGCAAAAUCUGUCCUCAAGUGGUGAUAGCUGGGAGACUCUCCCAGGGAAGGAAGAGCAUGGACCUGAGCAGCUGGCAAUAAGUGCCAGUGCCAGCCCCAGUGCCAGCGCCAGUGCCAGUGCCAGUGCUAGCAGUAAUGGCAGCAAUUAUCUUUCAAAAGUUCAAGAACCAGCUCCUCAGAAGGAGGACCGAGUAUCUCCGGACGAAGGAGAAAUUCCUUGGCUCCAGUAUAAUGAAAAUGAGAGUAGCAGUGAGGGCGAUAAUGAAUCCGGUCCUGAGUUUAUGCAUACUGGUGUGUUUAUGUUGGAUGGGAACAACAACCUUGAAGAUGACUCCAGUGUGAGUGAAGACUUAGAAGUGGAUUGGAGCCUCUUUGAUGGCUUUGCCGAUGGACUAGGAGUGGCUGAAGCCAUUUCCUAUGUGGAUCCUCAGUUCCUCACCUACAUGGCACUUGAAGAACGCCUGGCUCAGGCCAUGGAAACUGCCCUUGCACACUUGGAGUCCCUUGCAGUGGAUGUGGAGGUGGCCAAUCCACCAGCAAGCAAGGAGAGCAUUGACACUCUUCCGGAGAUCCUAGUCACUGAAGAUCACGGUGCAGUUGGUCAGGAAAUGUGUUGUCCCAUCUGCUGCAGUGAAUAUGUGAAAGGGGAGGUGGCAACUGAGCUCCCUUGCCACCACUAUUUCCACAAGCCUUGUGUGUCCAUUUGGCUUCAGAAGUCAGGCACCUGUCCCGUGUGCCGCUGCAUGUUCCCUCCCCCACUGUGAAGACCAAGGCUGUUUACUCCUGGUCUGGUUAUUUUCCCCAUCUGAAAUCCACAAUACUGCAGGAGCCUUCUCAAGUUUAACAAUUGAAAUGAAGCCCAUCAGUUAUACUAAACCUGUCAAUUAAUCGUGAUUAUUUCCAAUGUGGAAAAACUUUGUGUUUGAUUGUAUUUAAUCAUAUUGUCUUUUAGAAAUUAGAAAUGGAAAAUUAAGCUUUCUAAAUGCUACUUGAGAUUGAAGUAAGAACACAAAUUUUCUAACCUGAAAGUUGAAAUAAGUUGCGUUUGUUUUCUCAAAUACAAUAUGUUGCUGUUAAUUGUAAUGACAAUUUUAUUUGUUAACUCUAUCCAAAAGACAUGAUCAUUUUUGUUGCAUGUUGGAGGUUCCUGUAAUUGCAGUGCAGUAAAAGCUUAUUAAAAUUCUCCCUUUGGUUUUGCAUUGUA